AACAGGGGGCUCAGCUACCUUGUCAUGCUCUGUAAUAACCGGUUUUUCGUUAGUGACAGAGUCUUUCUUGGAGGCCGAAGUGGCAAAGACAUUAAGGGCUCGAAGCAUAUUAAAUUAUGUUUGGGUAUAGAAGAAGAAGUAGAAACAAACUGAGAGCGGAAACAAAACAAAGUCGGGUGAAUAGAUCAAGCUUAGCUGAUCACAUCUCAAACGACAGAGUGAUCAUAAGCGCAUCCUUCACUCACACAUUGCCCAAAGGAGUUGCAAGUAAUAUCAAUCAGCAGGGAUGAAAUAAGGUAACUAACCUGGCUCUUGAACCGUAUGAGGAGGUUCAACAAUGACUGGUUACAUUGACAUAAUCACAGGACGACGUCAUGAGUGUCACACAGUAACAUGCGGGACAUAGAAAUGGAAAGCAUGGACCAGGUGAGAGAUUAUAUCACAAAUGAUAAGAAUAAAGCAAGGAAAGGAACGAUAUCAAUCAGUAAAACAGUUAUGGAAGCUACCUCUUUCCUUUUCCUAACAUCUU